AUGAAACGACACACACUCACAGCACUCUCGUUACCUAACACGACGACGACGACAACGACGACGACUCACUCACCCAUUGCUAUCUACGAGGGUCAGAAAGGAACUACCAACACCACGUCGACUGCACCAUCCUCACUCAAUACAACCAUGAAUACAACGCCUCGAAAGAAUGCUCUUCCAUUCCUAAAAGACAUUUCACCAACACUACCACAACAUCUCAUACAGAAUGGUACUACUAAUACUAGUGAGAGUGGUGGUGUAGUAGUAACAACUUCCAGCACCACUCACCAUCCAUGUCCAAACACCUCUACCACAUGA